AUGCAAAAGUGCUGCUGUGUUCAGGAGCCCUUGCUGCCCAUCUGGAGCAGCAGCAGCGUGCUGCUGUUGCAGCAGCAACAACAGAUAAAGCAGCAGGCAGAAGCAUCCUCAGGGGAUGCUCACAACAUUACCGAGACACGGCGAAGGGGGGGGCAGUUGCAACGGCGACAAAGAGGAGCAGCACUUGCUGCUGCAGCAGAUGCAGCAGCAGCAGCAGAUGCAGCAAUCACAAGAUCAUCAGUGAGGUACCGCCAGCGCCCAGACCAGCAGCAGCAGCAACAGCAGCCACUGCAGCAGCAGGUGCUGCAGGUUCUGAAGCCCGUCGCGUUGCUGCAGCUCCCGCUAAGGAAGCUAAACAGGUGUUGUCGUUUGCUGUCAAGGGGGGCGGUCACAGCGCCUCCGGUGGGUGGACGCCCAGCAGCAGGAGCAGCAGCUGCUGCAGCAGGAGCUGCAGCAGCAGAUGCAGUGGCCAAGCGCACCGCAGCAGACUUGCGAGACCCUCGCCCAAUUGGAAAGGACACGGGAGCAACAGCAGAUCAGAAGGAAGAGGCCGCGCAACAGUCAACAGCAGCACCGACCAUACCAGUGCCAGCUGCUGCAGCUGCUGCAGCUGCUGCGGCUGCUGGUUAUAAUGUCGCACCAACAGAAAACAUAGUAGCGUCAGCAUCUGCAGCAGCUGCUGCUUCUGCUGCGGAUCCCGUUGCAGCUGGAGGCUAUAUCGACGGCUCAGCUGCAGCAGUAGCAACAGCAAUGGAGCGAACGCUGCGUACAGCAGCAGCAGCGGAACAGCGAAGGCAACCGCAGCAGUCGCAGGGAGCCCGAAAAAGACUUGGGGACCAGCAGCAACUGCUGCUGCAGCGCAUGCAGCAGCAGCACCAGCAGCAGCACAUGAUUCAGCCAGGGAUCCUUGAGAUAGCACCAGUCUUUGAGAAGCUUCGGGGCCGUCGGCUUCGCGUCGUCAGUUGCAGCUGCAAUAAGAGGAGCAGCAGCAACAAUAAGAGCAGCAGCAACAGCAGCAGAAGCAAUAGUACUGGUAAGGAGUACAGCAGCAGCCUCAAGGGAAUCAUAAUGCGCGUCACGAGAAGCAGCAGCAGCAGCAGCAGCAUCAGCAACACAGACACCAGCAGCUCGCCGUCGCAGUUGCAGCCCAAGAGCGUCACUGCAGCAGCAGAGAGAGCAGCACGAUCGGCAGCAGCGCGACAAUGCACACUAACAGGAGCAGCGAAAACAGCAGCAACAGCUGCAGCACGGCAGCCUGUCUUUCACAGGCAGUUCAUCUCAACUACAACCAAAACCUGCAUUAGCUAUCACGACGCCCGCAGCAGCUGCUGUUCACCAGGGCCUCACCCCGAUGUAUCCGUAUCUGCUGCUGCUGCUGGCAGCGCCAGUAACACCGGCGGCGACUCAACCAGCUAUCGCAGCAGCUACAGAAAUACCAGUACCAGCAACAACAGCAGCAGCAGCGGCUUCGUCAGCUGCAUCGGCCACAGCGGAUUGAACAGUCAACGAGGCCGUGGCAAGGUUUUCCACGGUGGAAGCCCCCUCAAUGAAUCUCAGCAGCAGCAGCAGCAGCACCGGAAGGCGCAGCAGCACCGGGAGGAGCACCAGCUCCUUAGACUGCCCCAGCCCAAAGCACAUCUAAGUGCACUUACAGUGAAUGACGGAAGCAGCAGCAGCAGCACCACUAGUAUUGCUGCUGCUGUUUCUGUAGCUGCUGCUGCGUCUGCGUCCUCUUUCGCUGCUGCUCCCGCUGUUCGCGUUGCAGCUGCUGCAGUCUUCUCCCUCCAGCAACACGCAUGCAUUGCGUUGGUUUGCAGCGGCAGCAACAACAGUUACAGCAGCAGCAGCAACAGUAGGCACGACCGCAGCAGCAGCAGCGCCAAGCACGACAACAACAGCAGCAGCGGGUACAACAACAACAACAGCAGCAGCAGCAGGUGCAGAAAGAACAGCAGGAGCAGUAACAGCAGCAGCAGUGUUAUGGCAGACUCUGGCGUCUCAGUGAAUGGGGGGCCUCCAUCAGGGGCUCCCCAUUCCUUAGUGGCUACCAAUGGGGCCGUUCAGGCGGAGCCCACCAAUUCAGGUUCGAAUCCUGUGAACUUUUAUUUGACUGACCGUCUGCCGCAUGCCAUGGUGCUGGAUGCGCUGCCGUAUGUGGACCCGCUGCCUGCUGAGCAGCAGCAGCAAGUGCAGCAGCUGCUGCAGCAGGAAAUGGCAGCAAUUGCACGGGAAUCAGGGGGACCCGAUAACCUCCCUGAUUACCUUAAAGAACUCCCUCUUCCUAAGACGCCUGCUUUAGAUGAUGCAGAAACGAUGUUAGGCAAAGAGAUGGCUAGGAAAGCGAAGGGGGAUCCGAUUCCUGAGUUGGAUUUGAGUAAAUAUACCUCUUUUUCGGUGCCUUCUGGCUCGAAGGCAGGAGAUGUAAAGGCGUGGGAGAAGACAGUGGCGACUUGUCAGCAGCUGCUGCAGCAUGCAGCAACAGCACACGUAAAUCUCGAGCUAAUGAAUGCACAUGCUGCAGCUUCGUGGCAGCGGCACCUUUCAAACCUUUCACAAACCAAAGACAGACUUGUCGCUGCAACGAAACGGCGCACCGAGGAGGAGAAUGCCAUUUGCAAGACUCGAAAGUUGCAGCAGGUAGAGGCCUCAGGCACCCUCAAGCAGCUGGAGCAGACGGCGCAGCAAUACAGGAACAACAACGCCUCCAUCAUUGAGGCGCUGGGGCCGCUGACGGCGGAAGUUAUGGAUCUGAAGGCCAAGUGCAGAAUCAGAGGUAUUUUACCUGAGUAUGCAGAAGAAGACGAGUUUGAUUUGGAGGCGUGGCAGGAGGCCGCAAACACUACGGGUUGA